GCGGUUGCUCCCGUCGACCGGAACUCCCCGCCCCCUCCCGCGGCCCUGGGGCCGUAGGAGGCCGCAGUGAGGAGGUAGAGGGGGCGGGGGUCGCGCUAGGGUGUCCCUAGAGAACGAGGACUCUGAAGGCGGGACAUUUGGACGACCCCCGGGCGGGGCCAGCCAUUAAAUAGUCCCAUUUCUGUGCCAGACACUGAACUGGGCUCUUGACGGGCAUCAUCUCUUAAUCCUCAGAACAUCCCAGGGAGCCCCACAGGAUCCCCAUAUCCUGGGCCAUGAGUGAGUUGAAAGACUGCCCCUUGCAGUUCCAUGACUUCAAGUCUGUGGAUCACCUGAAGGUCUGUCCCCGCUACACGGCAGUGCUGGCGCGAUCCGAGGAUGAUGGCAUCGGCAUCGAGGAGCUGGACACCCUGCAGCUGGAGCUUGAGACCCUGCUGUCUUCUGCCAGCCGGCGCCUGCGUGUGCUUGAGGCCGAAACCCAGAUCCUCACCGACUGGCAGGAUAAAAAAGGUGACCGACGAUUCCUGAAGCUGGGUCGAGACCAUGAACUUGGAGCUCCCCCGAAACAUGGAAAGCCCAAGAAGCAGAAACUGGAAGGGAAGGCGGGACAUGGGCCGGGCCCUGGCCCAGGACGGCCCAAAUCCAAAAACCUUCAGCCCAAGAUCCAGGAAUAUGAAUUCACUGAUGACCCUAUCGACGUGCCACGGAUCCCCAAAAAUGAUGCCCCCAACAGGUUCUGGGCUUCAGUGGAGCCCUACUGUGCUGACAUCACCAGCGAGGAGGUCCGCACACUUGAGGAGCUACUGAAGCCCCCAGAAGAUGAGGCUGAGCAUUACAAGAUCCCACCCCUGGGGAAGCACUACUCCCAGCGUUGGGCCCAGGAGGACCUGCUGGAGGAGCAGAAGGAUGGGGCCCGGGCAGCAGCCGUGGCUGACAAGAAGAAAGGCCUCAUGGGGCCACUGACUGAACUGGACACUAAAGAUGUGGAUGCCCUGCUGAAGAAGUCUGAGGCCCAGCAUGAACAGCCGGAAGAUGGAUGCCCCUUUGGUGCCCUGACGCAGCGCCUCCUGCAGGCCCUGGUGGAGGAAAAUAUUAUUUCCCCUAUGGAGGAUUCUCCUAUUCCUGACAUGUCUGGGAAAGAAUCAGGGGCUGACGGGGCAAGCACCUCCCCUCGCAAUCAGAAUAAGCCCUUCAGUGUGCCGCAUACUAAGUCCCUGGAGAGCCGCAUCAAGGAGGAGCUAAUUGCCCAGGGCCUUUUGGAGUCUGAGGACCGCCCAGCAGAGGACUCUGAGGAUGAGGUCCUUGCUGAGCUGCGCAAACGGCAGGCGGAGCUGAAGGCACUUAGUGCCCACAACCGCACCAAGAAGCACGACCUGCUGAGGCUGGCAAAGGAGGAGGUGAGCCGGCAGGAGCUGAGGCAGCGGGUGCGCAUGGCUGACAACGAGGUCAUGGACGCCUUUCGCAAGAUCAUGGCUGCCCGGCAGAAGAAGCGGACUCCCACCAAGAAAGAAAAGGACCAGGCCUGGAAGACUCUGAAGGAGCGCGAGAGCAUCCUGAAGCUGCUGGAUGGGUAGCCCUCACCCCUGCCUCAGGCUGAUUAUCUGGCCUCAGGGAGGGGAAGGGAGGCCCACUUCCUUCUUUGGGCACAGGAAGCAUUGGCCUGUGGCUGUCCCUCAAAUGGCGACAGUCUCUAGAGGACCGUGGCCCUUCCCCUGAGGUCUUUUGGCCUAGCUCUGUACAGCCAGGACACAGGAAGCCCUGCUGGGCUGGCCUGAGGCCUAGUCUCUGCUUGGUCCCCAAGAUGGGGUUGGAGGGGACUUCGUUUCCUGGUCUUCCUCUUCCCCCUUUACCAUCCCCCACUCCCUAACCCCCUGCCCCUGUUUCCCCUUCAAGGACUUCUCCCUUGUGGUUUUGUAAAGUGCAAACUUAAGAAUAAAGUGACUGCUGU